AAAUACACCCCUCCACUUUCCGAUGGAACCACCACCAUCUUCCGAAACACCACCACCACCAUCACCACAAAUAAUCACCACAACUCCGCCACCAACCACCACCCCAUCCACCGAACAGCCGCCCACAGAACCCCAACCCCAACCACUCCCCACCACCUCAUCAUCUCCCACAUUACAACAACCACCACCACUAACUCCAAACCCUAACCCUAAACCCCCAAAUCCAUCAAUCCCUCAAACCCAACCCCAACCCCAAUUACCAGUGCCAAUAACAAGACCACCAUUUAACCGGCCUCCAUGGGCCCCACAAAACCAACCAUCUCCCCCUUUCACUCAUUUCUCUUCCAUCUCCAACCACUCUACUGCCCCUUCUUCAUUAUCCUCCCCUCGAGGCGGUAUGGCUAUCGGUGUACCCGCCUCGUCUUCUUUCGGACCAAACCCUCAACCCCCCUCUUCGUUUUCGUCCUUAGCCCCGCCUUUCGGUACCUCCGCUUCACAGGUAAGGCCAUCAAUGCCUGGGAUGCAGGGAAUGCUUGGUUCGGGUGGUUCUUCUUUACGUCCAGGUGGAGUUACUACAUCAUCGCAUCCGCAGAGGCCUAUCCCGCCUUCCCUGAGACCGCAGACGGGUCCUAAUAGCCCCUCGCCCGCUCCACAAAAUUUCCAAGAGCAUGGACUUUUAAGACUUCCGUCAGCUGGAUCCCCAGGCUCACCAGCACCUAUAACUCCACAGAGCUCACAGUCUCAUAAUCAACCGUGGCUAUCAUCUGGUUCACAAGGAAAGCCGCCUCUUCCCCCGGCAUCAUCAUUCAGACCCCAAAUGAACCCUCAAUCAUUGCAACAGAGAUCAAAUAUACCAUCUCAACAACAAACUGCAAUGUCUGUAGCCACACAGCAGCCUCAAACAUCCUCAUCACUGCAAUCACAACCACCUUCGUUGUCACAACAGUCACAGGAUCAUUACUCGUUACCACCAUCACGGGUCCCACAAAGUUUGAGCCAUCAACAACAGAUGGCAAGGAAUCGUGGGUUGGGGAACCAAAGACCAUUCUCUCCACCUGUUGGACCAUCUAGCUCAGUCGCACCACCACCUGCAGUGAAUAGACCACUAGCUGUUGUGGAGCCUAGCGAGCCUUGUAACAGGAUUAUAAGCAAGAGAAGCAUCCAGGAGAUAGUUGCUCAGAUUGAUCCCUCUGAACGAUUGGAUCCAGAAGUGGAAGACAUUCUGGUUGAUAUCGCUGACGAAUUUGUUGAUUCUGUUACAACCUUUGCUUGCUCGUUAGCCAAGCAUCGGAAAUCAAGUACGCUAGAGUCAAAAGACAUUCUUCUACACCUUGAAAGAAACUGGAACAUGAGUCUUCCUGGGUUUGGUGGAGAUGAAAUCAAGGUUUACAAGAAACCAUUUGGUAAUGAUGUUCAUCGAGAGCGUUUGGCCGCGAUAAAGAGGUCGAUUGCUGUUUCUGAGACGCCAAAUGUGAAGAUUUCAGGUGGACAGACUGGUGGUGGUGCUAAAGCUCAUCCAGCAAAAGCACCUGGUCUUCUUAUUGGUUCCCCCAACCCCAAGGGUCGUGAAGCUACAUAGAUGAUCACUGAUUAAUGAGCAGCCAGUUUUUUGUUAUGUAGGCCUGUAGAUUUGAUAGAAAAUCCUAAUAUAUGCUAUAGUCUAUAACUGUGAAGAUCCAACUUGUGAAAAAUUGGAUGGAUUCAACAUGCAAGUGUUUUGACAUUUGAGUGGAUAACUGAUCACACAUAAAUGGUUUACAAGUAUCAAUUCAA